ACAUAUCAUAUGACCUUUAUUUACAUUUUACUUCUCGUUUAAUGUCACGUUGUUCGAGUAAUAGUUGUGUCAUGGAUGUGGCCGUGGACGAGACAAUCCAAGCAAUCUUCAGCCUGUUCGAGCGCUAUGGCUCCUCAGACUACCAAGGAGAACAUGUCACCCAGACUGAGCACAUGGUGCAGUGUGCAAUGCUUGCGGAACAAGAAGGCGGCCCAGUCCCGGUAGGAGGCGGGGCAGCGCAGUUAAACCACACACACACGGAGCGAUCGAGCCCGGCCGUUGUUCUUGGAGCACUCUUCCAUGACAUUGGGCACUUGGUUGGUAGGCAGCAGGAGGCUAGGCGCAUGGAGACAGAUGGGGUAAAUCUAGGAGUAACAGGACAUGAAAUCAUCGGCCAGGAAUUCUUAGAGAACCUUGGCAUCCCACGCUCCGUCAGUGUGUUCUCCAAGGGGCACGUGGAUGCCAAACGCUACCUCGUGUACAAAGAGAAAGGAUACUAUGACAGACUCUCCGAUGCCAGCAAGAAGACCCUGGUACAUCAGGGAGGACCGAUGACCGCACAGGAGGCGGAGUUAUUUGAAGCUGAGCCGCAGCUAGCUGCCAUACUCAAGAUGCGACAAUGGGAUGAGCAAGCCAAGGACCCUACCGUCCAGAUUGAGCCGCUGCAGAGGUAUCGGGAAAUGUGUAGGCAGUUCCUCCUAACGAAUGCAGCAUAAUGAACCAUAUCAUACCUCACCCAUAGAUUCUGUCUCUUGAUUGGCUGGGGUGUGUCACAUGGUAUUCCCUAAUCUUACCUUGCAUUAAAAAAAGAACACUUUUGGCAGUCGCAUUCUGAAUAGUAUUUUACCAUAAGCAACCAGAGGUCUGCAAGUGUGUACUUGUAGAUUGAAAGUUGUGUGCAAACUUUCAUCAAAAACUUUCAUCCUGAAGACGGUCAGAGCAUACUGACCAGAACAUCGAGUUUAUACCUCUGGCUCUUUUCAAAACCAUUCUCUUAGUUUGAGAAAUUAUUCUGAAAUGGUGUUUCCGCAAACCUUUCAUUCGUCAGUAUCUUCACCAUGCAAAGCCUCAAAUCUUACUCAUCAAGAGGAAGUUUGGAAAAAGAACAAGUGAAUAUUCCAUUUCUUUGGAAAAUGAAACAUAAGUCUGUAUUAGUUUCAACUUCAAGUUCGAUCAGAUCUCUUUAAAACCGUGCAGAAUCUUUGAAUGAGGUGUUAUGAAUUUGUUAAAUAUAGAACAAAUAUUGACUGUCGUUCACUAAUAGCCUUGUUGCCUUCUUCAUGUUAUCAGGAAGCAAGUUUACCGCUCAAAAACAGUCAAUACUGAAUAUCAUCUCCUUAAGCUGAUUGGCUGGUCCCAUAGCAACAUCAGUGGGAUAUUGUCUAACGAACUUGAAACUUCAAUGCUGAUUGGUCAAUUCAUAACACGAACAGGACAUUAACCCAUACAAAUUCAAGAUUCAAAUUCCAGAUCCAAUCUUUUCAAAAGCGGGUAGCGUAUACGGGUAACUUCUUUAUUUACCAGUGAUGAUUGUGAAUGAUCGUGUGAAUUCUGUUGAGCUUGUCAAGUUAAAACCCAUGAAUUCGUUUAAAAUUCAGUAAAAUUGUAAGUAGAAUAAUUAUUUUUAUACAUGUAAUUCAAUAUGAGGCUUAGAAAAAUGUAAAGAUAAACAUAUACAGUAAGACACACAAUACAUUUAAAUGAAUUUAGGUGAAUUAUAAAACUGCCAAAUCUUGGAAUGUUACUAUUUUUUAAAACUUCACCCAUCAGGUGCAGAUUUUAUUUAUAAAAAUGAAAUAACACUGAAUAUAGUACCAGUACCAUUAAACUGGGUUUUUUUAUUAAUUCUUUUUAAAAAACCUGAAAUUGUCACAUUAUUUAUGAAAAUUAAUUAUUCUUAUGUCUUAUCCCACAAUAGUGAAUACAUACAUAUGCAGAGCAUCUUUAAUUUUGUUAGAGUAAUUGUCGCUUUGAAUGCAGACACACUAGCUGCGAAUUUGUCAGAAUAUUUAUAAUAAACAUGGUCACUGAGUUUCAAAAAAGAAACUAGAACAAUAA